GGUAAAAGCGCACGGUAAUCAGAUGGUAGUUAGCGCAGAGAGACUGUACUGUACUGACACACGCGCCGGGGAUCGUUGGUUACUUAUCACAGUCUAAGCGAACGCUUGCUGGGUGUAUCACAACCGUCGUCAGCCGAUCCAGGAAAGCGCGAUCAUCGGUUGUUCGACGCAAUUCGAGAUGCAAAAGCAUGUGAUGUAAAGCCGGCGGGCGGGACCACAGUGAUCAAGAGCAACAUUGUUUGUGCGAAAAGUUUGUCAAGUGACAUUGGCGGUGUUCGAGGCGCGCUGUUAGAAACCAAAGAAAAGCGAAUAUUUAAACAACGACAAAAUCACUGUGGAGAGGCAGAGAAAUGUCCGAAAAACGAUUCAAACGUCCGAGCGUUGCGAAUGGGGAUGGAUUGAUACUGUACUGCAAUCAGUAUAGCUACUACUGCCACAAGGUUCUACAGGCACUGCACGAGAAAGGGAUCCGGUUCACCAAGUAUGAGAUCGACGUCACGAACGAUGAACAUUUCUCCGAAUGGUUUCUGGAGCUGAACCCACGUGCCGAGCUGCCGGUGCUGCAAAAUGGUUUGCUCAUUGUGCCCGGUUCGAACCGCAUACUGGACUAUCUGGAGGAAAACUACCCCAAAAACAAAUCGCUACGCAUGCCCAACGACACGGAUAAGCUGGUCGUUGGCUUUCGGCAAACGCUCGAACGCCUGCCGAUCGGGGUAAUUACGAUCGGAUCCUUCCUGCAUUCGCAGCACACGGCCAGUCCAAAGUUCCCGUUCGUGCUGCCCGUGCGUCAAACGAUCCUAGCCCGGGACGAAACGCUUGCCCACCGGUUACGAGCGUACGCGACGGCAUAUCCUGCGUUUGCGGAGGUGUUGCUAAAGAAGGCGGACUUUCACGAUCGCAAGCGCGGCAUCAUCGCUAGUGAGGAGUACUUUUGCAAGCUGCUAACGGCGCUGGACGAAUUUCUGACCAGCGUCGAGCAGUAUCUCGCAACGAUCGACGUCGACCGCUGCUGGCUGGCAGGGACGGAGGACACGUUCACGAUGGUGGAUAUCAGUCUCGGGACGCUGCUGCAUCGCCUGUACGUGCUCGGGCUGGAGGAUCGUUUCUGGGGCGAGGGCAAACGGCCCCAAGUGGCACGGUACUUUGCGAAGAGUUGCCAACGCGAAUCGUUCCAGUGUGUGCUACCGUCGAAGGUGUCGAUCCUGCGCACGGUGUGGAUCAAUACGCCCCCCGUGUACAAGGCUGGGCUGGCGGCUGUCUCAUCCGUUUUAAUUAGUUCUACUCUUUUGAAACGAUAACGGAUGGGGGGUGUUUACAGAAAAACAUAAAUACCAAGCCAGAUUGAAACACAUGGAACUAUAAUAAAUGAUUAUUAGGAGUGAAAGGUAUGCAAGGAUCAACUGAUAAGAGAUAACCAAACAGCAUAAAAGCGUACAAGCGCAUGCAUGGUCAAACACAAACACAAAUGGUUACGCGCGCGAGGUGGUGCAACACAACGAAUAAUAAAUAAUAGAAACGUUCAACACA